AUAAUACAUAUUUCAAUUGUCUAUAUAAGAAUAAGUCCGUAAACAAUGUGUUACUUCUACAAUCAGGCUUGGUAUUAGUGUAGAGUAGAAAUUAUCGCUUUGGAGACUGGUGAAAAGAUUUUAUAGAGAUAACAAUACAUUAAUUCAGGUCAUGACGAGACUUAUAUUCGGUCUACUGAUAUGUGUCCUUGGUCCCGCAUGGGCGAAAAAUACAUAUAUUGUGACAGUCCCACGUCAAAUACGAGCUGGUGCGGAGGCUGAUAUCUAUAUAGCACCUUUUAAUCCAAUUCAACGAAAUGUCAAUGUAGUGGUUACACUUCUGGACAAAGACAAUACCACAUUAGCAACUAAACGACAGUCAAGUUAUUCACUGCGACAACCUGCGGUGGUCAAAUUAGACGUACCGAUAACAAUCCCACAAGGAUUUGAUUACAAAAUGAGAGUCAAAGUUUCCGGAGGAUUAUCGUUUGACAAAACAGUAACAAGAAUACAGGCAACACAAAAGGCGAGCUCGAUCUUCAUUCAAACUGACAAAGCAAUUUAUAAGCCUGGAGACUUAGUUCAGUUUAGGGUAUUCGGUACUGACCCUAGUCUUAAAGUCCGAAAUGAUCCACUAAAUAUUUUCAUACAGGAUCCCAAAAAUAACAGAGUAAAGCAGCAUCUUGAAGUAAAACCUGUUCUGGGUGUUUUUACUGGAUCAUUUCAACUUUCAACAUUAACAAAUCUAGGAACAUGGACAAUCAAAACCAAACAAAGGACAGAGGAAACUUCAAAAACCUUUGAUGUAGAGAGAGUUGUUUUACCUAAAUUUGAGGUCAAUGUUGUAUUGCCGCAAUUUGAGCUGAAAACAGAUCAAUUCUUCACAGUAACAAUUAAUACAAUGUAUACGUUUGGAAAGCCAGUCGAAGGGGAUGCAGAAGUGACAAUUAAACGAAGUUGGUCGACGGAUAGACAGAUUGUAAAGACAUUUAAGAUAAAAGGAAAGGCAACGGUCCGGGUUUUAAUGAGUGAGGUGGCUCCUACGCUUGGAACUAACAUUGAAGUCAUUGCUAAAGUAAUAGAAUCCAUUACUGGUUUUUCGGCAGAAGACAAAGGCUCUGUUCAAAUUCAUGAUACACCAGAAAAACUCACUUUCUCCCCCAGGAUGCCUUCUGUAUUCAAACCGAAUAUGGAAUAUGCCAUUAUUUUACGGGCAACACAACACGAUGACAGUCCUAUCAAGCCACCGUUAGGUAUGAUCAACAUCACAGUGACUUAUAAUGUACCCGUAGUCACGGGAAAUCAAAAUGUUAUACCUCCAUCAUCUGGAAGUGGUGGUCAAGUCAUGCCUAUUGGACAAAUGCCUCAACCUGAAACUCGUGAAGAACAGAAAGUAUUGUUGACAAGGCAGAUACGAAUACCUGAAUCAGGAAUAAUUCGCUUAUCAGUAACUUUUCCCAGAGCGGCCACAAAUGGAAACUUGAGGGCGUUCUAUCGUGGUGCCAGUGCAUAUAAAAGUGUUUCCCGAGCUGAAUCCCCUAGCAGAAACUAUAUUCAGGUUUCUGUUAGAAACAAUAAAGCAGCAAAGCCAGGGGAGUUUUUACCACUACUUGUGAAAGUAACAGAGGCAAUUCGAUACUGUAGUUACAAAGUACUUUCGAAAGGAUCCCUUGUUGUACAGGGUAGAUUUAACAUGAACCAAUCAAAACAGCGAAACCAAAAAUUGAAUGUAACAUACGGAAUGGUUCCGCAGGCCAAGUUAUUGGUAUAUUAUGCUAGACGACAAGAUGGGGAAAUUGUAGCUGAUGCUAUCACCAUACCUAUUGAAGACAUAUUUGACAAUACAGUGUCUUUGAAGUUUAACAAAAAACGGGCAACACCAGGAGAAGAAGUAAGCCUGCAAUUGUCGGCUGAUCAAAACUCCCUAGUGUCCGUUCUGACUGUUGAUAAGAGUGUUCUUUUACUGAAAUCAGGAAACGACAUCACAACACAAGAUGUUUUUAAUGAGCUCCAACGAUAUAACAACUUUGGUAAUUUUCCAAGAAUUGGUGGAUGGGACUCCUGGAAGCCUACUCCUGUAAACGACAGAGAUGCAUUUUCUGUUUUCCAGGAAGCAGGAGUUUAUGUUUUGACUGAUGCAGUACUGUUUCAAUAUACCCCUCCAAGAAGUUUUCAGAGGGCCAGUGUUAUGUCGGCUUCAUCAGAACGUAUGGAAAUGGAUGAUUCUGCUGGAUUUAGUGGUAAUGGUGGUGCGCUUGGUGGCAGCGGUGGACUGAUGUCUCCAACACGAACAAGAAAAAAUUUCCCCGAGACAUGGCUUUGGGUUGACAAAAAAACAGGCGCUGAUGGAACAGCUAUAAUCAAGACAACAGCACCUGAUACAAUCACAGAAUGGGUGGCGUCAGCGUUCGCUGUUAAUCCUGUUUCGGGUCUCGGUGUGGCUGCACAAACGGCUAGUUUGACGACAUUUCAGAAAUUUUUCAUGCGCUUUGAGCUUCCCUUUUCUGCAAUAAGAGGUGAAGUUAUAAUAGUUCAAGCCACUGUCUUCAAUUACUUAGACCAGGAUCAACAGGUAUCUGUGAAGCUGUCAAACAAUGCUGACUUCAAUUUUGUUGAUGCCAAUGGAAACAGUUUAAAUCAAGGUGUUGAUGGCUUGACCAAGCCGGUGCUUGUAAAGAAAGACAGUGUUAAUUCUGUGUAUUUCCCGAUCAAACCAACUUCACUUGGUAAAAUAUUACUGAAGGGAACUGCUAGAUCUACGCAAGGUGCAGAUGCUGUUGAACGGGAAUUUCUCAUAGAGGCAGAAGGUUCAAAACAAAGCUACAACGUACCAUUACUUAUUGACCUUCGACAAAAGAGAAGCUUUACAGAUAACAUACCUCUGUCAUUCCCUCCAAAUCUUGUGAAAGAUUCAGAGUUUGUAAAGAUACAAGUUAUCGGAGAUUUACUGGGAGCAACUUUGGCAGGAUUGGGAGAUCUGCUUCAGACUUCAUCAGGAAGUGGAGAACAAAAUAUGAUUAGUUUUACCCCAAAUGUUUACGUUAGUGCUUAUCUGAAAGCAACUAGCCGACUUACAGAAGAAAUAAAGAAGAAGACAGCUAAAUUUCUUGAAGGAGGUUAUCAAAGGGAACUUUCAUUUGCACAUAACGAUGGUUCUUUCAGUGCGUUUGGAACAAAUGAUCAAAGUGGAUCUACCUGGUUAACCGCAUUUGUAGUCAAAUCCUUUGCUCAAGCGUCAGGCUUGACUUUUAUCGACAUUAACGUGAUGACAAAGUCUAUCCAAUGGCUUAUAAGACAACAAGAUCCAUCAGGGGUGUUUAAUGAACCGGGGAUUGUUAUUCAUAAGGAAAUGCAGGGAGGUUCCGUUUCCAGUAAAAGAAGCCUAACAGCAUUUGUACUGAUCGCACUACACGAAGCAAGAGCUAAUGAUCAAGUAUCUCCACAGAUUAAGCAAGAAGUUACUACUGCUAUCCAGAAAGCAACAGAUUAUACUGCAAAGGGAGCACCUGUGUCAAUGGAUAACUUAUACGAACUUGCAAUAUCAUUUUAUGCUUUGUCAUUGGUUAAGCAUUCUUCAACUGAUGCCAUUCUAACAGAAAUUGAGAAGAAAUCAAACACCACUGAUGGUGAAAAAUAUUGGAUAUUACCUGUCACCCAAUCAGAUAGGAUACAACCUUGGAAAUCAUGGAGAUCACCACAAAAUAAUGUCAGAGCUUUAGAUGUAGAACUUACGUCAUACGUACUGUUAGGUUACAAUCUGAGGGAUGAUACAACUAAUGGCAUUCGUGUGUUAAAAUGGUUGGCUAGACAAAGGAAUCCAAGUGGUGGAUUUAUUUCUACACAGGAUACAGUGAUAGCCGUCCAGGCAUUGUCAGGACUAGGAGGAAAGCUUUAUGCCCCUAAUUUUCAAAUGACUGUAGAUACAAAAGGUGGCACCUGGCCUGUAGGUGCCAAGUUCAAUGUGAACAACCAAAAUGCUCUGGUUUUACAGAAUAAAGAUAUUCCAAAUACUGUGAAAAGUGUAUCAGUAACUGCUAGUGGUAGCGGAUGGUGUAUGGUAGAGGCUGUAGUUACAUUCAAUGUCAAUGAACAAUUAAGAGAACCUGCAUUCUCCUUGACAACAACGAUACUUAACGAUUCUACAAAAGGCUUCAAACUCAAAGCUUGCUUCAGGUGGUUGAAGGUAGGACAAAGUACUAUGGGACUACUAGAAAUAACUUUACCGUCUGGGACUGAAGCUGACUUAGAGACAAUGGAUACUACCAAUACUGGAGGACAGUACAAAAAAGUGGAAAAGGGCUUCCGUUCAAUCAACUUAUUCUUUGACACGAUUUUGUCCACACAAAUGUGUAUUGCAGUAGAUAUCAAGAGAGUUGCCUUAGUUGCUCGACACAAAGCUGUACCUAUCAAACUGUGGGAAGUAAAUGAACCAAGUAAUGAGGUCAUAACGACUUACGAAUCUAAGGCACUGUCUGGCGCCACCAUCAUAGAAGUAUGCGGUCCUGAAAAUUGUGUACAAGUCAAGAAGUAAUGAUGAAACGACUUGCUUUAAAGAGGAACUACUAGGAUCCAUAUUUUUUUUAUACUUUAUGUAAAUACUGAAGGCUGAUAAAAGAUUAUUUUUCGUUUCUAAUUUGUGUAUUUCUAUUGUUGUUGUGUUUUAAAUAAACCUGAAUAAACUUCUAUGUAUAACA